CGUUCCCUUCCCCUGGCAGCGGGGAGGGCGGCUCCUCUCCGCUCGCCUUUGCCCGCGCCCAGCGCUGCGCGGGGGGAGCCGUCGCCGCUCUCCCUCUCUUUGUAGCCGCGGCUGCCGCCUCACCGCCGCGGGGACGGCCGGGUCGCUGCUGCUGUGGCGUAGUCUGGAGAGGUCGGCGGGGAGGCGAGGCGAGCCCCGGCGCAGCGGCAGCCAUGGGGCUGCAGCCCCUGGAGUUCAGCGACUGCUACCUGGACAGCCCCUGGUUCAGGGAGCGGGUGAGAGCCCACGAGGCCGAGCUGGAGAAGACGAAUAAGUUUAUCAAGGAGUUGCUCAAGGAUGGGAAAAACCUGAUCGCCGCCACCAAAAACCUUUCAGCAGCCCAGAGAAAAUUUGCCCAUUCUCUGAGAGACUUUAAAUUUGAAUUCAUUGGUGAUGCAGAGACAGAUGAUGAAAGAUACAUAGAUGCAUCACUUCAUGAGUUUUCAAACUUUUUAAAAAAUCUGGAAGAACAAAGAGAAAUUUUGGCACUCAGUGUUACUGAAACUCUGAUCAAACCUUUGGAAAGAUUUAGGAAAGAGCAGCUAGGAGCUGUAAAGGAGGAAAAGAAGAAGUUUGAUAAAGAGACAGAGAAGAACUACAGUUUGUUAGAAAAGCAUUUGAAUUUAUCAGCUAAGAAGAAAGAGCUACAAUUACAAGAGGCAGAUAACCAAGUGGAGCAGAAUAGAAAACACUUCUAUGAGCUGUCCCUCGAGUAUGUAUGCAAGUUGCAAGAGGUACAGGAGCGGAAGAAAUUUGAGUGUGUGGAACCUGUGCUAUCAUUUUUCCAGGGUUUGUUCACUUUCUAUCAUCAGGGAUAUGAACUUGCUAAAGACUUCAACCAUUACAAAAUGGCCCUGCAGAUAAAUAUACAAAACACACGAAAUCGUUUUGAAGGAACAAGGUCAGAGGUAGAGGAGCUCAUGAACAAGAUCAGAAGAAAUCCUCAGGAACAUAAAAGAGCAAAUCACUUCACGAUGGAAGGCUAUCUCUAUGUACAGGAAAAAAGGCCUGCUCCUUUUGGUUCCAGUUGGGUGAAGCACUACUGCACGUAUAGGAAAGAGACUAAGAAGUUCACCAUGAUCCCAUUUGAACACAGAUCAGGAGGGAAAGCUGGUGAUGAGGAACUCUUCGUCCUUACGUAUUGUACCAAAAGAAAUACAGAUACCAUAGACAGGCGAUUCUGUUUUGACUUAGAAGCUUCGGACAGGCCUGGAGUUCCUGUGACCAUGCAGGCAUUUUCUGAGGAGGACAGAAAGCUGUGGAUGGAAGCCUUGGAUGGAAAAGAAGCUCUGUUCAUCAAUUUGAAUAGAGCAGAUGCAAAACGAGAGGGAAGUGCACAAUUGGAUAAGAUAGGGUUCACCAUCAUCAAAAAGUGCAUCAGUGCUGUUGAAACACGAGGUAUAAAUGACCAAGGACUGUACAGAGUUGUGGGGGUGAGUUCAAAGGUCCAGAGACUUCUGAGUUUGUUGAUGGAUGCAAAAACCUGCAAUGAAGUUGACCUGGAAAACUCUGUAGAUUGGGAAGUGAAGACAAUUACUAGUGCUAUGAAGCAAUACCUGCGAAGCCUUCCAGAGCCACUGAUGACAUAUGAGUUGCAUGGAGAAUUCAUCGUUCCUGCCAAAAGUGGGAGUCCUGAGUCUCGAGUUAGUGCUGUUCACUUCUUGGUCCAUAAACUCCCAGAAAAGAACAAAGAGAUGCUGGAAAUUUUGGUGAAACAUUUAGCGAAUGUUUCAAAGCAUGCCAAGAGGAAUCUAAUGACUGUGGCAAAUCUAGGGGUAGUAUUUGGACCAACCUUAAUGAGGCCACAGGAAGAAACUGUAGCAGCCAUCAUGGACCUGAAGUUUCAGAAUAUUGUCGUUGAAAUCCUGAUAGAAAAUCAUGAGAAGAUUUUCAAAACCCUGCCUGAUGCCACUUUCCCUGAGCCAAUCUCUAUGUCAGUAUCUCCUCCAAAUGCCCCACCAAGGCAAUCAAGACGACAAGGACAACGUAUUAAGAGGCCUCUAGCUGUGUACAAUCUCUGUCUUGAGCUGGAUGAUGCUGACAGUCACAGCUCUCCUAGAGAAGACACCCCAACUGGGAGCAUGGAUUCUCUUUCUUCCCAGUCUCCAACACCUGCCUUCCCUAGUAGCCCCCCUCGUCUCCUGGACGGAAAUCACCUUAUAACGGACACCGGAGAUCUUGCAGGCUGGACAACAAAUCUUUCUGGUCAAAGCCGCCCAUCGAUGGUCUCGUGGAUGAAUACUCCGUCUGCUAACCCUGCUGCCACAAAUACUGUACCAUCUGCUUUCUUCUUCUCUAACCCUGCCACUGGGAGUGACAGAGCGGUGGAAAGCGUUGCCCACCGAAAGGCAAGAGCAGUUUAUCCAUGUGAAGCAGAACACAGCUCUGAAUUAUCAUUUCAGAUAGGAGCAAUUUUUGAAGACGUUGGUGUGUGUGCGGGACUGCCAGCGAUGUUCAGCUGUCAGGUGGGAUGGGAAUCAACUCAGGAGAAAGAGACCCCAGGUCUCAGUGUCUACACACAGGUCACUCAGGAAACUCAGCAGCACUCAGGAAACUCAGCCGCAACUCAGCUGACCAACCACUUGCCUCUGUUUUAGGGUGAGCCAAAGUACUCUUUGGGCGCUCUCUCUGUUCGUUGUAUUGACUGGAUCUCCACCAGCUGUAAUAGGAGCUUAGACGCUUCUAAAUAGGGCAGUCUCCAGCCGAAUUCCACCUUUGCUAAUUUGUCAUGGUGUAUCAGCGUGUUUGCUUUAGUUCGCAAGCCUGAGCCCUUACAGGCAGAGUGUUUUAUUUGUGGUCACGCAGUAAAUCUUUAGCAGAGUCAGGGGGAAGACCCCUUGACUCCUAACCCUGUGUCCUGUCCACAAGAUAAUUCUGCUUCUCACAACAUACUUGAGGGAAACAGCAAGUUUUAAAAUUUCAAAUUCCAUGCUAACCCUAAGUAUGCUAAAUAUUUGUUUAUUUUUGCGGUCAACUUUACCCACAGGGAUUGUUUCAAAACCCCCUAGGGAUUUCUAAGCACGGCGGGCUUGCGAGCACAUUUUGUUGCCUUAAUUUAAUUUCUCGGUGAAAAAUUGGCCAGCGUGUCUGAGUUCUAUGGAAGCGUAUUGUGGCGUUGUAGUGGUUUUAGCAGCGAGAUUUCUGUUGCCCACAAAAUGCAGUCCUCAUUUAUGUAGCUUAUUGGGGUCAUUACUUUGAUAAAGUAGUCCCUCAGAAAGGGAGGCCCUCUUGUGCCAGGCACCAUGCGUGUUAGAUUGCCUCCCCAGUUUCUGCUCCCUUCCAAAACAGCUGGUUUCCACAACAGUGUGGAAAUCAGUGUGAAUCAGUGUCUGAUUCAGUCCCGCUAAAGUUAGUGGCACCGAGGCAAUGAAUAAUACCACUGUGGAAAUGAGUCUUGGUCUCAUUUGUAGUUGAGACCCAUGAAACUUUUGAGCUGCCAAAGCAGAACAACGCUUAUAGCGUUGGGUCUGUGGCAAGAGCUGCUUGCAAGUUCUAUGUAUUUGCAGUUCGAUAAUCAUAACAUUGGCAAUACUGAAGCGAUUUCCUAUAGACAACAAAGUAAGAAGAAAUGCUGCAAAUGCCAAGCUGACCUUAUUGUGUUUCUUGAGAAGAUGAAAUCAGAAAAGUUUGUACUGAGAGAUCGCAUUGCAAGUGGAAAGCCUGUUGAUUUUGGUUGUCCAUUUGAGCUGGCGUGAUUGUCCCGUAGCGCUUGCCGUCGUUACUGAUGGUCAGACAUGCUCCUUCUCUCCGCUUUG